GUCCGGUGUCCUGUACUCCGUGGUUGGCCGCGGGUUUGGCGGCCGAAGUAAUGCAGCCGCGAGGCGAGCGCCCCGCGGGCAGGACGCAGAGCCCAGAGCACGGCAGCCCCGGGCCAGGGCCUGAGGCGCCGCCGCCGCUGCCGCCGCAGCCGCCGGCCCCUGAGACAGAGCGUGCUCGGCCCAGGCAGGCCCGCCCUGCAGCUCCCAUGGAAGGUGCGAUGCAGCUGCUGAGCCGAGAGGGCCACAGCGUGGCCCACAACUCCAAACGGCACUACCAUGACGCUUUUGUGGCCAUGAGCCGCAUGCGACAACGUGGCCUCCUGUGCGACAUCGUCCUGCACGUAGCCGCCAAGGAGAUCCGUGCGCACAAGGUGGUGCUGGCCUCCUGCAGUCCGUACUUCCACGCUAUGUUCACAAAUGAAAUGAGUGAGAGCCGCCAGACACACGUGACGCUGCAUGACAUUGACCCUCAGGCCUUGGACCAGCUGGUGCAGUUUGCAUACACAGCUGAGAUCGUGGUGGGCGAGGGCAAUGUGCAGACUCUACUCCCUGCUGCCAGCCUCCUUCAGUUGAAUGGUGUCCGAGAUGCCUGCUGCAAGUUCCUCCUGAGCCAGCUUGACCCUUCUAACUGCCUGGGUAUUCGCGGCUUUGCAGACACACACUCAUGCAGUGACCUGCUCAAGGCAGCACACCGAUAUGUGCUACAACACUUUGUGGAUGUGGCCAAGACUGAAGAGUUCAUGCUGUUGCCACUGAAGCAGGUGCUGGAAUUGGUCUCUAGCGACAGCCUGAAUGUGCCUUCAGAGGAAGAUGUCUACCGUGCCGUCCUGAGCUGGGUCAAACAUGAUGUGGACACUCGGAGGCAGCACGUCCCAAGGCUGAUGAAAUGUGUAAGGCUGCCUCUACUGAGCCGAGACUUCCUGCUGGGCCACGUGGAUGCCGAGAGCCUCGUGAGGCAUCAUCCCGAUUGCAAAGACCUGCUCAUUGAGGCCCUCAAGUUCCACCUACUGCCUGAGCAGAGAGGUGUCCUGGGCACCAGCCGCACACGGCCCCGUCGCUGUGAGGGUGCUGGCCCUGUGCUCUUUGCUGUUGGUGGUGGGAGCCUGUUUGCCAUUCAUGGGGACUGUGAAGCAUAUGACACUCGAACUGACCGCUGGCACGUGGUGGCCUCCAUGUCCACACGCCGAGCUCGGGUGGGAGUCGCUGCUGUUGGGAACCGGCUGUAUGCUGUAGGCGGCUAUGAUGGGACCUCAGACCUGGCCACCGUGGAGUCCUAUGAUCCUGUGACCAACACAUGGCAGCCCGAGGUGUCCAUGGGCACAAGGCGAAGCUGCCUGGGUGUAGCUGCCCUGCAUGGGCUUCUGUAUGCAGCCGGCGGCUACGACGGGGCCUCCUGCCUCAACAGUGCUGAGCGAUAUGACCCACUGACGGGGACAUGGACAUCCAUUGCCGCCAUGAGCACCCGGAGACGAUACGUGCGUGUGGCCACACUCGAUGGGAACCUGUAUGCCGUGGGUGGUUACGACAGCUCGUCACACCUGGCCACCGUGGAGAAGUAUGAGCCCCAGGUGAAUGCAUGGACGCCGGUGUCCUCUAUGCUGAGCCGGCGUAGCUCAGCAGGCGUAGCUGUGCUGGAGGGUUCCCUCUAUGUGGCAGGCGGCAAUGAUGGCACAAGCUGCCUCAACUCAGUGGAAAGAUACAGCCCCAAAGCUGGUGCCUGGGAGAGUGUGGCGCCCAUGAACAUCCGCAGGAGCACACACGACCUGGUGGCCAUGGAUGGCUGGCUCUACGCUGUGGGAGGCAAUGACGGCAGCUCCAGCCUCAACUCUAUUGAGAAGUACAAUCCAAGGACCAACAAGUGGGUGGCAGCAUCCUGCAUGUUCACAAGGCGCAGCAGUGUGGGUGUGGCAGUGCUGGAGCUGCUCAACUUCCCACCGCCUUCCUCGCCCACGCUGUCCGUGUCCUCCACCAGCCUCUGACCCGUGUCAUGGACUGCACAGAGGCUUUGUAGCCUCCCACAUGCCUUAAGCCCCACAGGGUGGCCCCAGUGCUUCCCUUUCCUUGGCCGAGUUUGGGGCAGAUCACAGACCCCACCAAGGGACUGCCUGCUCCUUCUGUCUGUGUCUCUGCGUUCACUCAUCUGUGUUUGUUUAUGCGUGUGCCGUUUAUUUACUCACUUAUUUAUUGAUUCCUUAUUUAUUGAUGGAUAAGCAGUGCUGCAGCUACCAGUUCACAUGUUUACUCAAGUGUCAGCUCUCCUGAAUGCAGGAGACCCAGUAGCCCUCCGCAAUGUCCUCACCUAGCUCCCUGCCAGGAGGCAGCAGGGAAUGCUGGGAUUAGACACUCACUGCAGGAAGGACAGCGACCCAGCUGCUCUGCAGAGCAGCUGUCAGUUAGCAGAAGUAGGGAAGGCAGGGGCUUUCUAAGAAGGUGCAGACCCCUUGCCAGCACUUUGCAUACAGCAUUUACCUAGCCCUGCCAGGUAAAUGUACCUGGAAGGCUACAAAGCAGAAUUACUUCCUGUGUCUGCAGUGUGAUGUGUUCUCUGGAUCUUGUAUGGAGCUGGCACGCGACAUUCACUCAGACCCUAUACAGCAAUAUGAGCCAACUUGAACAAUAAACAUAUUUCUUGGGCUCUGUGGGCCUGAGGUUGAGUGUCCA